UGAUUGUCUGUUAUUUGAAGUCGCGAAAGGCAGUUGAACAUCAGUCGCCUACAGAUUGAGAGUGAAAAUACGUCAGAUUUCGAUUGUAUUUUCGGAGUUAAUUUUUGAGUUCAUUUGGGCAGGUACACAAACUUAUAUUUUACCUAAAGGAAGAUAACGAAAUUGAAAUUUGAAAGCCCAGACAAUCAACAGACGAUCUUUAGAAGUCUGUGGAAAAUAUCUGUAUAAAUAAUCACCCGCCGUGCAUGGUCAAGUGAGCGUAUCAAUAAAAGGAAUCGCCCUUGCACUAUUUGCGUCUUUGCCUGAACAAGUUCUUCAAGACUUCACUAGUGUGAUAAUGGCUUCUGAAUCGUCGUCUGCUUGGUGGUGCUGGUUAUGUGGUGGCGUUGUGGGUAUUGGUCUUCUCCUGACUGUCAUUUUGGUACCUCUUAGUUUUUCAGAUGUUGAGUAUUACGAGAUGGCAUUCGUUCAGAGAAAGUCCACAGGAACGGUAUAUACUGAUGAGGUAUAUUUUGGUGGUCGUCAUCUUGUUGGUCCCGACUUCAAGUUCAAACAUUAUCAAGCAGAUGCCCACACCGUCGAGUUUAGUUCAAAUGAUCUCGAUGUUUCAACAAGUGACAAGUUAGCUAUUCAACUUAAAGCUCAUAUGCAGUAUUUCCUCCGUGAAGAAGACCUCGCUGACCUUCACGGAAGAUUUGAUAAAGGUUACAAGCCAAUCGUUCGAAACACGGCAAAAACUGCAAUCAAGAACGCCGCAAAAACCUUCUCGAAGGAUCAAUUCCGGCAUUCAAGAGAGUUAGUGGAACGUGCUUUAUUUGAAGCAGUCCAAAUAUCAUUGGGAGGAAUCUGUUGUCGCCAGGACUGUUCUAAAUACAAGUGUCGUAAUGGCUGCAAGCCGUAUGACAUGUGUGAAGAAAAAGAUAAGGGAAUUUUUGUUGACGCAAGAUAUUUUCAGUUGCAUGAUUUUGACAUCACUGAAACUCUGAAGGAACAGUGGCUUGAUCAAGUUGUAGAACGAGAGGACAGAGAGAAAGCUGCUUUCAUUCAGAAAGAAAAGAUCGAAAGAAAAAUAACAGAGAAAGAGAAAGAAGAAUAUGAAAACAGAAUUCAGGAAGUGAAUGAAGUUGCUUCAGCUAAUAAAACAGUUAUUAACGCUCAGGCAGAGGCUGAAUCUUUGCGAUUAGUUGAAGAUGCCAGAAAUAGAGGACUUGAACUGUUGUACACAACUUUGAACUUUGAAAACGAACAGCACAAAGCAUCGUUCAACUACCUUCGAACUUUGAGAAAACACAAGAACAUUCGUUUACAUGUUAACUUUGGUAAUCUUAUUUCUGGGCCCAAUACUGCUUAGACAUAGUUGUAAAUGGUAAUUUAAUAUUAGGAACCGACGUUGAUCACAAUAAUGUAGUUUUCUUUAAUACGUGUUUAUUGCUUAUCCAGCUAAGGACUAUAGCUCUUAGAAUUUAGUAUUUUACGUAAAAAUUAUCUGCCUUUAGCGUUGUUCGUUUUAUUAUUUCGGUCCCAGUAAUGUCAUUUUGAAGUAUUGGAAGUUGUAAUAAUUUUUUAUUGGAGAAAAUACGAAGCCGAUGAGGGCAUUAAAAAUUGUUAAGUUUUGAUGCAAUUAUAUAAAUUUUGGAGCAAAAUGUGUGGUAAAUUGACAAUUUUCGUUCGAAGAAAAUGCAAGGA